AUGAGACAAGGAUCAAUGGCUCAAGCAAAGUAAAGUGCUGCUACAAACAUUAAUAAAGCGCAUACAGUAGUUGAAUAACAAAUCAAAUAACAGUAACUAGCAGGGGUCUAACAGCAAUAGAGAAAGCUUACUAUAGCUGAGAGGAAAGAACUUCAAAAGAAAUUCAUGUUUUAAUCUAAAACAGACCGAUUCUUGUAUAAAUUACCUGGUGAGAUCAAUGGUCAACAGUUUAAGGUAGAUAACUGUAGUGAGUGCAAUAUAUACAUUCAUGAUUAUCAUGACAGUGUAUAUGUGGAUGAUUGCAACAACUGUGUUAUCGUAUUCGGUCCUUGCAGGGGCUCUCAAUUCAUAAGAAACUGUAAUAACUGCAAGAUAAUCAGCUCGUGCUAGCAGCUAAGAUUGAGAGAUUGUCACAACUUAGAGAUCAUGAUUUAUACUUAAACAGAGGUAAAGAUUAGAUAGUCGCUAUAAAUAUAAAUAUAGCCAAUUAUUGAAUCUAGUUCUAAGAUAACUUUUAUGUGCCACCAGUAUUACUAUCCAGAGAUGCUUGAGCAAAUGACCUAAGCAAAUCUAAGUAUUUGGAAUAAUAAGUGGAAUCAAAUAUUUGACUUCACCCCUGAUAAAACAGGUUAAAAGCUGAAUUAUAAGAUUGACUACUCUCAAAAUAGCUACUUCGCCUCAACACUGGAAUAGAUGAAUCAAAUUCUUCAGAGUGUAGAACAGAUUAAAAACAAGCCAGUUAUAUUCCUAAAAGACAAAAUUGAUUUGAAUUUCGACAACUCAGAUACAGUUCCCACUGUUCCAUUCACUUACGUAUAAGAAAUUAAUCCAAUCAUUAGUUCCAUGUUCAUUUUGAUUUAUGGUGAGACAGUUGACCAAAUAAACUAUCCAGCAGUGUAUGAUGUCUAUGUGGAUAUCUAGACUCAUAUUAUAGAUUCAUUACCUAGCAAUAUUUGGUUUUAAGAGACUAGGAAAACCACUAUUACUCCAGAUUAGUAAGCAGAGUUAGCUUCAGUUGCUGGAAAUUCUGGAAAAGUUUAAUCAAGUAAACCUAUGGAGGUAGUUGGAAUUCAGAUAGGCAGUUCAUUGGAUAAAGCUAAGUUCCAACAGCUAUGUGUCUAGCCUAUUGCAACCUAAAUUCUAGCUCAGUUAUAAAGAACCUAGUUGCAAUUUGUUUUCAAUUUUGAUCUUGCUUCGUCUAAAAAGUUAGCAAAUCUCUUGUUUAAGACUUAUAACAUUGAGAACAAAGGUCAUGAUAUUAAAGGAAACAAAUGA